AUGGGUGUUUUUGAUAGUAUUGGAGAGGUGUGUGAGGAAUGGUGUGGAAUACAGCACAAAAGUAGAAAGCUAAAGCAAAUACAGGGAGUGGAAAUAAAGGUGAAGAUGGAUUGCGAAGGGUGCGAGAGAAGGGUAAAGAAAUCAGUGGAGGGGAUGAAGGGCGUGACAGAAGUGGAAGUUGAACCCAAGCAGAGCAAGUUAACUGUAAAGGGUUACGUGGAUCCAGAGAAAGUGUUAGAGCGCGUGAGGCAGCGCACUGGGAAGAAAGCAGAGUUCUGGCCAUAUGUACCAUACGAUGUCGUUCCGCACCCAUAUGCGCCAGAGGCUUAUGACAAGAAGGCUCCGCCUGGGUACGUCAGGUACACCACCGCCUUCAGCGAUGAGAACCCCAAUGCUUGCACUGUUAUGUGA